AUGAAACCGAUGAACGUCCUCCAAAAGCAGCGACUAGCUGCCCUCCCCUUCCAGUCUUCAAUUCGUUGUGCCCGCUCCCUGUCGACCUCCCCAACCGCCCAAGAUGCCCGUCACCCUGAUCCGAAGACGCCGCGGAAACCCCACGACAUUGACCCCCGAUGGCUGACCACUACCAAGCGUCGAAUUGGGAAAUGCAUGAUGUUCGGUCUGAAGCCGCCGCAGGUUCAGGAGGCAGGGAACAUACUGGAGCAGAUUGCGAGGGAUUGGCGGGAGUUGAUUGGCGGCAGCGAGGGUUAUCUGACCGAUGCGACGCGGAGGGGGCUGUUCAGACAAAAUGUCGCGUGGGGGGAGAUGGUAGGGGUUUUGACUGUGUAUCUUUUUGCUGGAAGAUGCCAUGUAAACAACGUCACCUACGUCCGAUACGCCGAAACGGCCCGGGUAUACUUCACCCGCAACUACGCCAUCCACAUAGAUCCCGCCCACAAGAACGAGUGGAUGAAUCUUGUCAGCUCGCGCGGGAUCGGAGUCAUCCUGCGCAGCAUCAAAAUCGACUAUAAAUUCCCCAUGACCUACCCCGACAAGGUCACGGUCUACCAUAAACUGGCGCAUGACCCGGACUCGCCGCAUUCAUCCCAACAUGCGUUCUUCCUGCAAGCCAUCAUUCUUUCCGAAUCGCGCCAGCGACCCGCUGCUCGUGUGCAUGAGGACUUGGUCACGUACGAUUAUAAGCUGGGGAGGAAGACGGCUUUGCCGCCGUUUUUGAUGGAACAGUUCAAGUCCACGUGGGAGCUUCAAGAACAGGCGAAGAAGUCCUGGCGGGAGCGCAUAUUGGAAAUCGAAGAUCGGGUGAGGACGCUGGAGGUAGAGAGCUGGGAUAGGGAGGAUGCUGUUGAGGAUACAGGGUCUGCGAAACAAUAG